UCUCGACCCGAAACGUCACCCGUUCCUUCUCUCCAGGGAUGCUGCCUGUCCCGCUGAGUUACUCCAGCAUUUUGUGUGUCUCUUUCGUAUUUACUUUGAUCUGCGUUGCGGUAUUAUUUUUUCUAAAAAAAAAGUUAUGUAACAUGGUUGGAUUAACACCACUCACAAAGAAACCUGAAAAUGAACGGCGUGAAUGGGAGUUGAGGCUGGAAAGCCCCCGUGAAAAUGCCCCCGACAGGGGUGGAGACAACUGGUUUCCUAUAAAUGUCUCUCUGUCCGAAGGCAGCAGAACAACGCAGCUGUCGAGUUAUUGUUGUUUCAGAGCAAGAAAAGGAUUCCUUUCCAGACUGUGAAAGUCAUUGACAUUUAUUAAAGGGCGAUACUGGCGAGAGAUCUGGCCGAAAUGAUGUGUUCACGCGCCCUGUUUUGUUGCAUUGUAUUACUGUUUCAGUGUUGUCAACUUGUCUCGAGCAGUAACUGCAACCCUGAAAACCAAUACGCAAAAUUUGGCAAGUGCUGCCAGAAGUGUUCGCCUGGCAUGUACGUGAGCAGUGAAUGCACACAGGACAAGGACACGGAAUGCCAGCACUGUGGUCCUGAUCGUUACCAGUCCCAGUGGAACACAUUGCACCACUGCCAGAUGCACAAAAUCUGCACCAGUAAUGGAGGAUUUGUGGUGGAAAAGAUUGGCACCAGUACCAGUGAUACAGUCUGUCAGUGCCAGGUUGGGAAGCACUGUGUCAAUAAGGACUGUGAGAUCUGUGAAGUGAACAGAGUGUGUGAACCUGGCUACGGAGUUGUGCGCAGAGCAGAGAGUGGAAAUUUCACGGUCCCCGUGUGCGAGAUGUGUGAGGCUGGAUAUUACUCGAAUGUAUCUUCUAACCUGGAACCCUGCAGGAAAUGGAACGACUGUGGUUCACUCCAGAUGCUGGUGAAUGGAACAACAACAAAAGAUGUGGAAUGUGGGACACUGGAAACUCCAUCCAAAGUGGUCUUAGUUGUGAUCAUUGCACUCCUCAGUACAGUACUUACUGCCAUCGUACUAUCCUUCGCUAUUUACUCUGCACACAAUCAAGAGAAUCGGACCAAGAUACGGGGCAUUAUUACCAGGCUGGUGAAGUGCAGCAGCGAAAUUCAAUAUCCGGUCCAGGAGCUGACGGAGAAUGGGAAUAUAGUGACCACAGCUGGGGAGGAUGACAAGAGCCCGGAUGUGAUGACUGAGCUUCUGCCGGUGUAGACUGCUGCUGGAGGGAGGACUAUUGACGGCUGCAGCAGAGAUGGACAUGGCUGUGGGGUCUCUGUGAUUGCUGUGGCUUUCUCCGUCUUGCCCCGCAGCUGUGAAGUUAUUAACCGUGACAUGUUAAUGCUGACCCAGUGACAUUCAGCCCUGGGCUGCGUCUGGUCACAGUGCGAUGUCAUGCAUCAGCGGGCCCGGUGAGGGAGCACAUAGACGGCUGUUUCACUUGCAACGCCUGGACUUAUCUUUGCUUUUAUGUGUGGAGGCGAUAACUUGCCAGAUCCAAGAUGUUUGCUCCAGAGGAACAUUCCACUUCACCUUUAUUUGCUGACGUUCCUUAGCAACCCUCCAGCCUGCUUCGAGGCAACUAAGUGUGGAUGGAGGAGCAACAGAAUUACUUCUGCAGAGAUUGCAUGUGGAAAUAAUCCUGUGGGCGCACGAUUGGACUUGCAGGCAGCUUUCAUUUCCCUCCCAUUAGUUUCCUGCCCUUCCCUGCGCCCUCUUUCCCCUUCAAGUUCCAACCCCCUAUCUCCAUUCACUGUGUAUUCCACUAGUGGUUCAUGCUGUCCUGUGUAUAUAUAUAUAUUUUUUUAUCAAUGUAAAGUUUAUAAUAAAUGUAAAAUGUUAGAGACUCACGUGAUGUAAUUGGUUGGUUUAACACAAGCAUGUGGGGCUGGGUUUCAUGUUUGUUACUGCACAGUGGCGCAGCAGUAGAGUUACUGCCUUGCAGCGCCAGAGACCCAGGUUUGAUCCUGACCAUGGGCCUACCUUUUCCUGUGAUCGUGUGGGUUUUCUCCAGGUGUUCCAGUUUCCUCCCAUACUCCAAAGACGGGCAGGUUUGCAGCUAAAUUAGCUGCGGUAAAAAUGGUAAAUUGUCCCUCGUGGGUGUAGGAUAGUGCUAGUGUAAGGGGUGGUCGCUGGUCACCGCGGACCCGGUGGGCCAAAGGGCCUGUUUCCCGCACUGUAUCUCCAAACUAAACUAACGGAGACUCUGUGAAACUGACUGAUCCCAUUCAAAUGUAUA